CUGCCCCUGCUCCUGCUCCCGUCUGCAGCCGUGACUCCGGGCCGGGGGUUCCCGGCGGUGGCAGCGCGGGGCUCGCAGGGGCCGGCCGGGAGCUGUCCCCAGCCGGGGCUGGCGGGGAAGCCCCGGGCAGAGCGGCCCAACGCCCCUUCCUGGGCGGGAACGGACCGAGGCGUUCUUAGGAGGGCGGCGGCGGCGGCCGGGGCGCAGCGCCAUGAACCAGCUGGGGCUUUUGGGACUGCUCUGCGCGGCGCUGCUGGGCUGUUGGGAACCUGGUGGUGCCUUAACAUGCUUCGAUAAGCAGUAUAUAUACAAGGACAGAUGCUGCAACCGGUGUCGGCCAGGGGAAAAACUGGUCUCUGAGUGCAAUAAAACAGAAGACUCCAUUUGUGCCCCCUGUGAGAGCGAGCACUAUCAGCCAAGCUGGACCAAGGAGAAGCACUGUGCUCCUCAUGAUAUCUGUGAACGCAAUGCCGGCCUCAUUGUGAAGAUGCAUGGAAAUGCAACACACAACACGGUGUGCCAGUGCCGGGCUGGCACGCACUGCUCUGACAUCACCUGCCAGACCUGCGUGGAGAACCAGCCUUGCCAGCUUGGCUCUGGCUUUGUGGCAGCCAAGGCCAUGGACCGGAUGUCAUCCCCCUGUGAACCCUGUGCAGAAGGCACCUUCUCCAAUGUCUCUUCUAAAACUGAGCCGUGCCACCCCUGGACAAGUUGUGAGGAAAAGGGGCUGUUGGUGAAGGUGAAAGGGACAAACUCCUCAGAUGUGAUCUGCGAGUCCAGCAGGCGCUCCUCGCUGUCCGUGCUGAUCCCCAUCACAGCUGCAGUUGUCACAUGCCUCGUGGGUGUCUGCAUCUACUGCCUGGUGCACACAGAUUUCAGGCGACGAGUGCCAAAGGAGAUAGAGGCUGGGGAGCCCGGAGAGAACCCAGAUACCCAGCAGCCCACGGAGCAGGAUGAGAAUGUCUUGCCUGUGCAGGAGACCCUACUCAGGGGCCAGCCUGUGGCCCAGGAGGAUGGCAAGGAGAGCCGCAUCUCGGAGCAGGAGAUGCUGUGAAGGCGCAGGGCACUGCCUCCUACAGGAGCACGGACUGGACAGCACCAUCUCCUCUGUCCCCUCUCCAGCUGGGGAGGAAAUCUGGCAUCUGGCCUGGCUGCAAAUGAUGUGAUGCUGCAAAGGACCAUGGCACGACUACCCCACGGGAAUACCACUACGACUCCUGGUCUAGUCACCUGCACAGGGCUGCCCUGGUGGAACAAGGCUUGGCUGCCCACAUGGGGACAUGGAACAGAGCCCUAUCCUGCUUUAUGCCCAGGUGAUGCAAUGACCUGGGUGGCUGCUCGCCUGCUGAGCCCUUGCAGAGCCCAGUGCAGCCCCUGGCCACAGCAGAGUGUCACUGCUGACAGGAAGACCCCAGCACAAAGCCUCGUCUCCCGGAGUGCUGGAGAAGCCAGGGCUGGGAGAGGGAGCUGCUAUUGUGAGAUCACUUCGGCAGGGCUCAGUCCCCUGCCUGAGGUGCUGCGGAGGCGCUGCCCGUGCCCGGUGGGUGCUGACAUCCGGACAGGGCACCCUGGCCCGGCCGGGGCACCUCCGUGCCGUCCAGCGCUGCCGGGCUCCGUGGGACGAAAGGCAGGAGUGUGGCAGGCAGCGGCCGGGAGAUGGUGCUGCGGGACCGGCGCGGGGCGGCACCGGCACCGGCACCGCCCGGCCCGGCCCGGCCCGGCCCGGCCCGCUGCGCUCCGGGCGGCGCGGGGGGCUCUGGCCACCGGCUUGCCCAGCGCGGGAGCGGCCGCGCUCCGGCACCCUCCACCCGCUGCUGUGUGAUUAAACGUGAUUCUCUGCCCCCUGCGUGAGCAGCCCCCAGCCCCUGCCGCCCACCGGCGGCCCCGGGACCGGCGCUCCCGGCUCUGAUGUUCCGGGAAGGAUGGUUUGGGAAUGGGCGGGUGCUCCCAAGGUAGAGGAGAGAGGGAAGAGCUGCCACCAGCUGUGCCGACCCCCACCGUGCCCCCAGUCGCUCCCCAGCACACCUGGCUGGCCCCACUCCCCUGCGUGCGCUUCCCCUGUGGCUGCCCUCACUGACCCCCACAGCAGGAGCUGCCCCAGCACAGCCAUGCCCAGCCCGUGUCCCGCGGGCAGUUCCGUGCCCCUCACCUCACUGCUCCGGCAGUAAAAUGCACAAGUGGGGUCCGUCACCCUGCAGGGCAGCACUGUGGGGUGCUGUGGUGUAGCAGUGGAGUCACCACGGGCUCCAAAGCGCUGGUGUGGGGCUGCAGUGGCACUGAGCCCACUGCAGGCUUUAGGUGCUGGGAGCAGCCUCAGCCUGUGACCCACCACUAUCUGAACACAGGCAGCAUGACAUGAGAAAAGCCAUAAAUCCCAGAGCAGGAGCAGCUGGAGCGUGGAGCAACUUUGCCAGUACAGGCGGUGGCACAUUAUUUAAGGCUCCUCUUAAAACCUAAUGUUAGGUUUAAUAAGGGAGAUAAAAACAUGGCAGCAGCUUUCCCUCCUCUCAGGGCUUGGCAAUCCCAGCAGUGCUGGUGGGAUGGUUUCAGGCUGGGCAGCAUUCCCUUGGCACUAGCCCAGAGAACACCCAGUUCUGGGGACAGAUGUGAUCCCGCUCCUGCUGGAGGAGACGGUGUUAUGUGGGCCACAGAUGCAAAACCUUUGGCCCAAACGUGAAGCCUGUGGUCCCAGAUGGUUUCCAAAGGUCUCUCUCCCCAGGUGGCAGGCUGAACUCUCUGGGGCCACCUCCCCGCUUUCCCCAAGGCUGACCCUUCCCUGCUGGCAUGCAGCAUGCUCAGUGCCCACUCCCCCGUGUCAGACAUGUACCAUCUCAUUAGUGUGUCUGCCCCCAAAGUGAGAAGGGAGAGUGCAUGAGGCCUAAUUGAAUGUAACUAAUUAUUCACUCUGCAAAUGCUCUGUUUAAAUGGGAUUGUGAGGGACAGAAUUACUCAUUCCGAAAAGGGGAGAGAAAAAGAGAAAGACAGAGAUAAAACAAAUAGAGGCGGAUGCUGGAGCUGCAGCUCGCUCUCUCUCCCUAGAAUACCAAUUACCGGAUGAAGUGAUUGUAUAAAUCUUUACCGAGUGAACGGACUGUACUAGUCACUUACUCCUGUCCUCUUAUUAUGAGGAAGCAAUGAAAAAUCAUCCCACUCUCCAGUCCAGUUAAGGGUUCCCAGUUGCUGUCUUGGGCAAUAUCUCACCAGCUGGAGAGCUCGUCUUGGGGCUUUCUCAGGGUGGGGGUCCCACUGAGACAGGGCUGAGCACUUGGUAGGAGCCCACACCCCUCCUGCACCCCCAGCCCUGGGGAGGAGCAGUGGCUGUGCAUGCUCUGGGGAGGUGCAGGACCUCUGCCCCAGCAGGAUCCAAACCAUGCCAAGCCAUGCAGCACCCUGGAACAUGGGGACACAUGGGCUGGCCAAGGGCCCCAGUGUCACACAUGUAACACAUCACCCCAGGACCCCAGUGCCUGGCUCAGUGGCACUCCAGGUCUUGAUCCCUCACCUUCCUUGUUCUUCCUUUCUGUGGGUCCAGCCCUGCCAGGGCCCUGGUCUCCUCCUCUGGCUCCUGCAGUGCUCACUGAAAAGGGAGAACACAGUGCUUCCCACCCGCUUCCCACGCUGCAGUCAAUGUUUCUCACUCAGGGUGUCUCUGCUCCACUGGUUGCAGAAAUGCAUUUAUUAGCAGUGACCUCCAUCACUCUUGCCUGCCACAUCUUUUAAUCCCAGAUCCCUCCAAACACCCACGUUUCUGUUCUCAGUAGUGGUGUGGGAUGGGAGAGGAGGUCCUGGCCAUGCAGAGCUGGGGAAGCUGACAGAGUCCUCAUGGACCCUGCCAUCAGUGGGGAGCACCCACAAUCUGGGGUCCUGCUGCAUGAGCUGGUGGGGACCCUGCCAGUCCCAUAUUCCCUGCAGGCAGCCCCAGAUCCCCCUCACCAGGAGGCACCCAAAAGGAGCUGCUUUAUGGGGACACCUGGUCUCCACAUCCUGCAGCCAGAAACAGAGAGACGCCCUCACGGGGGGCCCUGCAGGUGCUGCUCCAGAGAAGCCACAGGAGUUGUGUGAUAGGUUCAGCUGGUGGGGAAGACAGGCUGGGCACAAGUCAGUGAUGAGAGGGUAAAGCCUCCAGUCUGUCCUGCCUUGUCCUGAUUGCCAGCAGUGAGUUUCCAUGCACUGGCGAUGUGCGUGUGUGGGUGUGAGGGAGAGAUAACAUCAUCAUCAUCAUCAUAACAAAUGCAGUUGUGCAGCUCCAUUCUCUGCUUAUUGGCUUUCUUCUCUUUAUCUAUAAAUAAUUGCGGGGACACAAUAGACUUUUAAGUCUGCCAAA